AUAAAUGGCGUCCACCGUGGCGAAUCUAAACUAAACAGAGAGUGAGCUUCGGUAGCGAGCACAGAAAAUCGCCAUCAUGCACGUUGUACAGGCUUUGAGCGUUGUUGCGCUGACGCUUAUUUCCUGUAUGGCAUGGAGGCCACAGGCUGCUCCUGUGGCCCGGCGGGCGGCUCACUGGAAGCAUCCAGGAGUGCUGGCCUUGGAAACAGGAGGAAACUUCGAGGGAGAUAUUCUUCGGCCCACAAACAUCUCCACUGAUCGCAAUGCAGUUACGGAGAAGGACGAAUUGUGGCCCGGGGGAGUCAUUCCUUACGUCAUCGACGCUAAACUGAAUCGCUCCACGAAGAAGAUUCUGAAGGUUAUGGCCGACAUCGAGUCUCAAACCUGCCUGCGGUUUGUGGCGCGCAGAAGACAAAAGAACUACGUGUCUAUCACACGUGGGGAUGGGUGCAAUUCGAUUGUUGGACGCGCGGGCGGCGCUCAGGAGGUGUCCUUGGGUACCCACUGCCUCUACCAGGGUACAAUUGCACACGAGCUGAUGCACGCGGCAGGCUUUGACCACGAACAUUCGCGUUCCGACAGGGACGAAUACAUUGACGUCUUCACAAAGAACGUUGAACCAGAAAAUGUGGAACAGUUCGAGAAGCUCGCGCCUUGGAAGAACAGGCUGCUGACACCCUUCGACAUGGAUUCGAUCAUGUUAUACGGCUCGGCGACGUUUGCCCGAAAGCCAGGCCUGGUCACCAUGCUGGCCAAGGACGGCGGCCGCCUCAAAGAAGUUUACCAGAAGCGGGGAUUGAGCGCUAGCGAUGUGCGCAGGAUAAACAUGCUGUAUCAAUGCAAAAAUAAAAAGAUUUAG